AAGCAAGCAGAAGAUAUAAAAAAUUACUUAUUAAAACAUCAUUUACUCUCAAGUUCAUUAUUUACAAACUCUAACUCAACUUUCACUUCUCCCUCACUAUGCUUUUUAACUUACUAUUAACGUUCACAUUUCUGAUGGUUGGGGUAAAAUCUGACCCGGACUCGCUCCAAGACUACUGCGUUUCUCCUCCUCCUUCACCUCACCAACAAAUCUUUCUCAACGGUGUACUUUGCAAAGAUCCGACACAAGCCACCGUCUCCGACUUUAAAACCUCCGCAUUAUCCAGACGCGGAAACACUCAGGUCAAACCGUUUAUGAUCAACGUCACUGUCACCACGACCGCCAACCUUCCAGGUCUCAACACGAUGGGCCUCACAAUGGCCCGGCUCGACUUCGGGGCCUCCGGCAUCGUUCCACCGCACAUGCACCCACGUGCCUCAGAAGUGACGGUCUGCCUCGACGGUGUGCUUCUCGUAGGGUUCGUGGAUACGUCGGGUCGGGUCUUUACCCAGGAGCUUCAUCCGGGUGAGACAUUCGUGUUUCCCAAAGGGCUGGUCCAUUUUCUCUAUAACAUUGAUACGGUGAGUUCAGCUUUGGCAGUAUCUGGGCUGAGUAGUCAGAACCCUGGGACUCAGAUUGUGUCUUUGUCGUCUUUUAUUUCAAAGUCUCCGAUUCCAGAAGAGGUUUUGAAGAGUGCUUUACGAUAUUAACGGCCAUGAUGUUUGCUAGGAUCCGCAAAAGUCAUGAAGGCUAAAAUAUGUGAACAACCUAUAACUAUAUGAACGUAUAUAUGACUAACUUAAAAUUAUACAAAUUUCGCUAAAAAUGAAUAUAAACUCAAUUCCAAAUUGAGGUUUUCCUGCCAUUCUUUAGCUAUCUUGUUAACUGUAUGAAAUGUUUUUGGAA